AUGGAUACUCUGCAGACCCAGAAAAUAGUAAUCACAGAGGACAAAACAGCCAAUUCGAUAGAAAUGAGCAUACGAGACGAAGACCACACGCUGGGAAACGCCAUUGUAUCAGAGCUGCAGACCACCGAAGGCAUUGCAUUUGCUGCAUAUAAGAUACCCCACCCACUGCAGAACAUACUAAAAGUAAAGGUGACCGCCGAGCAAGGCCAAGAAAGGCCGGUCGAGUUUGUAAAGGCAUGCUUGGACAGCCUCAUCAGAGACUGCGACACCAUGCUAUCCCGGGUGUACAGAUAG